AUGCUUAGCGGAAUCAAAGUCGGAAAGAAAAAGAAGAAAGCUAAGAAGGUACAUGAACCGAGCGCUUCAUCAGAUUCAGAUAGGCCGGAGCCAGUUUCCAAAGAGCCGAGACAUGGCCAUGAAAAUGAUGACAACCAAUCGGUUGCCGACAAACUACGAAAUGCCAUUGCCAGUGGCAAAACAAGUGUUCUGGAGGACCGAUCCGCUUCCCGAAUGAUUGGACGACUGGAAUCGCUUCCUAUGGAAGCUGAAAAUCCUAGUGAUUUUGCUGCUAGUGCUACUGUCGUUGUAUCAAGAAAGAUUUCUUCCAUCGAUAAACGAGAAGAAGACAUGACUGCUGCUGAACUUGCCAUGAACGAACGAAACAUGACCAUGCCGUGGGAUGAACAAAUGGUCCGAAACGCAAUCCGCACGGGAAAGAAACGAAAGAAAGGAAUAUCCGGUGACGACAGUGAUGAAGAAUUGGAGAAUAUGAAGCGACUGUUGCCAGUCGAUGUCAAAGAGCAGAAAGCAAAGGCUGCGGGGAAAGCUACGCAACGGGAACAACAUCGCGAGGUGGAUCGAUAUUUGAAGCAGGAAAAGAUUACUGCCAAGUGUUCAUGGUGGGUCGGUUCGAAAUCUUUUGCAAAGCACCGGUUAUUAGGAUUUGGAAAUCACCUUUCUUUGGUAAUGGCCCCUCCUAAUCUCUCGUUAAUCCCAGGCCAUCACUUUCACAUGGUUCCAAUCCAACAUGCACCAUCCUUUGUGGAAUGCAACGAUGAUGCCAUUUGGGAUGAAGUCAAACGAUUUCACACAGCACUGAGCAACAUGUAUGCAACUAAGGGAAAGGGUAUCAUUCUGCUGGAAACAGUAUUGCCCAACAACGGAUUCUGGCAGACCAAAAUGGAUGUGAUUGCCGUUCCCUUUUCUGUAUUGCAGGAUGCUCCAAUGUAUUUCAAGUCGUCCAUGGUAGAACAAAGUGAUGAAUGGGGUACCCACAACAAGGUGAUGCCGACGAGUGCCAGGAAACCUGUCAAAAGUGUGCUUCCAAAGAAAGGAUUCCCCUACUUUUAUGUGGAUUGGGGAAGUGUAUCUACCUCUGAAAAUACUGGCUAUUGCGCUAUAAUUGAAGGAGAUAGCUUUCGCCAUGACUUUGGAAUGGAUACACUCUCUUCCAUUAUGGAUUUGGACCCCAUUCGAUUCAAUCGCAGGAGGAAAUUCUCCCAUGAAGACGAACGAGAAAAUAUUGCUGCUUUCAUGGAGGGAUGGAAGAAGUUUGAUUGGACCAAGGAUUUGCAAGGCUAA